GAGGUUUAGCAAACCAACGUGUACGCGUACUUGUACGUGUAGCAGGGGAUUCCCCCCGGAAGUCUGUGUAUUACGUCAUCAUUCUUGUUAAUGACGAAUUUCUACACGUUUAUCGAAACGUGUAAAUCACCGAGUACACUUUCCUAACAUGUCUGAGCGUAAGAAACAAAUAAGAUUUUCCGAGAAGGAUGAUUUGUUACUUCUGAGAGAAGUUUUGGCAAAAAACCCGUUUAAAGAUCGAGCGAAGUGGACUGACGUCAGUGACGCUAUUAGCAGGGCUGGAUUCACGGUAGAUGGCCGGAGAGUCCGAGAGAGAACCAACCUGCUGUUGGAACACCAUAGAAAAAAUGAUGCAGAAAGCAAGAAAAAAUCAGGAGUUUCUGAAGAAUAUGACGAAAAAACAACAUUAUUAGACGACAUAUUGGAAUUAAAAGAGAAGGAAGAGAGAGUAAAAGAAAGUGAGAAAGAGAAGAAGUCUGCCGAUGAUCAAAAAGGAAAAGACAUACGAAAACGUGCUCUUGAAAAUUUAAGCAAAGAUGAAGAUCAAGGUGACCAAACUCCGAAAAAAAGAAAUUCUACAACUAAUAUUAUGGAGUAUCUGCAGACAAAAUCUAACCAAGAAAGCGAAUAUAAGAAAGAGGAACUUAAACUGAGAGGAGAAGAACUUAAACUUCAGAGGGAAAGAUUUGAAUUAGAAAGAGAAGAAAGAAGGGAAAGAGUAGAGACUGAAAAAAAGGAAAAGGCUCUAAUGUUGCAGCUUCUCCAGAAAGCUUUGAAUCAAAAAUAA